GGGCCAGGCAUGUCGAAAGUGAACGUGAACACAAACGGGUGUGCGACGUGCGGCAUCCACGGAUUGGCCAGUGACAACUGGCGGGAGACUGGAUUGUUCAACUACAACAACAGCUACCUGGUGGAGCUGUCUAUCCUGUACAGAUGCCUGGAGACCUUCACCAGGGGUACGACCAAAAGCGCCUUCUUCGAGACGUUUUUAGAACCUUUGGCGAGUGACCUGGUCUGGAGCAAGGCGAACCCGGAUCUAGCAAAAGAUAAAAUCGAUCCUGUUUUCGAAGUCGGUCUCCUUGUGACCGCGUCGAGACCCGAGCAUGACGUCAACACUGACCUCGUCAUGAAUCUUCUGCAGUUGAGCAUUGUAUCGCCGGCCUGGUUCGGCGGCAGAAGGGUACAACUUGUGGUGGGGGCCGGGGAGACGGUUGGAAACGCGCCAGCGUGGGUGUCGCCAGACAUCCGACUGUCGGAGAUCUUCCACAAGACACAGCGUGGGGUGAUGCAGGGAAGAAACAACACCGCCUUCGUUGAGCAAGGCAAUGGCUCUCUCCUUAUCGGGAGGCUGGAGGGGAAGGCGAUCGGUGACUUGUCCGGCAUGGACGUGGCGACCCUGAGAGGCCACAUGAAGGCCUGCUGGCCCGAUGGAGGCUUUCAAGGUACCAAAGAGUCGAUGUUGUCGAUCCUGCAGCAGCUACACUCGUUUUGGGAAUCAGAUGACAACCCCAACCGCGGGUCUUGCUCGAAGCAUUUCGUGAGCCGAGAACGUGUCGUUUCAGAAGGGGUGACGGGUGUCUUUACGCCGAAUAAGGUCAUGGUUAUCCACAAGGUGCUGCGUACUGCGGAGAGUGCGGUGGACAUGAGCGAUUGCGUAGGGGCUUGCCAGGUUUUAGUCCUCUGGGGCACGAAGGAGUGCCGCGGUUGUUACAUGACUGAACCAAAGGAUCUCGUGCUGGAGAGCGUCACUGCAUAA